GGCGUCGGAAUUUUUUUGUCCCCGUUCCUGGAAAUUGAAUUGCGUUGCCGACUGCCGUCUGCCGACAAGGGUGAGGAUCUCAGCAGGCUGUUCUAUACGAGCUCUAAUUCUAUCUUUGAAUCUAUUGCCAGAGAAUAAGAGUUCCAGGAGGAGGAGGAGGCGAGAGCUUGGAUGCCAUUGUGGCAGGUCGAGAUGAGAGGCCUCUCCCGCUUGGCGUAAUGAGGCGCGGUCUAAGUUAUCAUUUGGAGAUGCGCACGGGGUCCAGGGGCUGCAAGAAGGUUCACAGUGCUAACUUUGGUCAGGACAGAGAACUGGUGGGAAUUUCUCAUGAUGUUGCUAGGUUGUGCAUUUUGGGUGAAACAAAGUUCCUAGGGCUGCAGAAGAACCAGCUGAAUCACUGGGAGGAUCGCUAUUUAAUAGCUCAGAAGUUUAGUGGAGAUCCUCGGAUGAUUGGCCUCGCCGAAGACCACCGUAAGAAGGAUAGGGAUCACUUGAAUUGGGAUCCGGGCAUGAAGAAACGGUUGCACGCGUUGACUUUGGACGUUCACAAGCUUAUUAAAUCUGAAGCCCAAGAGGAAGCUGCAGCACCGCAACAAGCACCCGCAGUACACAACCAGAACAGCAACGGCGACGUGAUUCCUGCUGCCUUGGGUGAUGAGGAGUCUCCUUUCGACAUUGAUAGCGCUCUUUGCAUUGAGGGUGGCGCUGAUCUGGUAAACUGGGCUUGCACCAUAGAAUCCCUGCAAAGAAUCAUUCCAAUGUUUCCAUAUGAAAUUAUUAUAGCGUUGCUUCAUGGUGAAAUCGGUCGUCUGGAAGCUGAAAACAACGGUUUGAGAGCCAGGCUAGGUGAAAUCGCUCGCGUUGUGUAAUGUACAUAUAGUUGAAGUUGUGCAUACACUUUGGUCUGCUUGUGCUGUUUCGUUGUUCUUGUAAAAACAUCAUGUAUCAACAUCGUAGUGAUGUUCUCUUGGUGAGGGGAUCAAAUUUUGUUGUAUAAUGAUAUGGGUGCCGAAUGUGGGCACCUCCAAACUGUUAGGUCGGUAUCGAUCAAUAUUCUCAGCACUGCA